AUGAAUUACGUGGGGCAGCUGGCGGAGACGGUGUUCGGGACGGUGAAGGAGCUGUACCGGGGCCUGAACCCGGCCACGCUGAGUGGGGGCAUCGACGUGCUGGUGGUGCGGCAGCAGGACGGCUCCUUCCGCUGCUCGCCCUUCCAUGUGCGCUUCGGCAAGCUGGGCGUCCUGCGCUCGCGGGAGAAGGUGGUGGACAUAGAGAUCAAUGGGGAGCCAGUGGACCUGCACAUGAAGCUGGGCGACAGUGGAGAGGCCUUCUUCGUCCAGGAGCUGGAGAGCGAUGAAGAACACGUGCCCCCCCGCCUCUGCACCUCCCCCAUCCCGUGGGGGGGCCUGUCUGGAUUCCCCUCAGACUCCCAGUUGGGCACAGCCAGUGAGCCCGAGGUCCCGGCUGUGGCAGGAGUGGGCUCCACAGGGCGGAAGAAGAGACUCCGCAGGAGGAAGCCCAGGAGAAAGGAGGACACAGUGGCCACAGACUCGAGUUCGGAGGAGCUGGAGGCAGGCACUGAGAGCGGGCUGUCCCUGCUGGAAAAACCAAGGACAGAGCCCGCAGGUGCCCAGUUGGAAGAGGAGUCCUCACCACAGCCCAAAGACAUCUACCCCUACUCGGAUGGGGAGUGGGCCCCCCAGACCAGCCUCAUGUCAAGUGGACUGACUUCCCCCAAGAGUGACUCGGAACUGGAGCUGCGGGCCUCCGAGCCCAGCCCCCUGAGAGCUGAGUCCCACAUGCAGUGGUCCUGGGGACGGCUGCCAAAGGUGGCCGUAGCUGAACGGCUUGAGUUCUCAGUGGUCCCUGAAGGCAACAGCAAAACCACCUCUCCCCAGAGGGGAGAGCCCAGUGCCCCCGCCGUCUCUGUGGCUGGCGUGGACACCUCAGGACCAGUCCUGCAAACAGAGCCUGACAGUGCCCUGCUACAGUGUGACACGGAGGCUCCAGUGCUGGUGGACGCCCUCAGCCCCACCCCAGAGAGCAAGGAAACCAAACAGGAGAGCGCUGGGGAUGCGCGCCACCUUCCCGCCUCAAAAUCAUGGAGUUGGGCUGCUCUGGAGGGCCCAGCCCCCCCAGGACCACCAGCAGAGGUCUUCAAAGGGAAGGGUCCCCUGAAGAGAAGCCAGCACCUGGGCCCCAGUGACAUCUACCUCGAAGACCUGCCCUCUUUGGACUCCAAGAACGUGGCCCUUUACUUCCCCAAAAGUGACUAUGGGCUGGGGCCCAGGAGGUGGAGUGAACCCAGCCAUCAGAAGCUCCUGGGGGAGCCCGUCCUUGAACAUGUGCCUGAACCCACUCUGGACGUGGUGGACACAGUAGUGCUGUCCCUCUGCGGGGGACUGGCCGACAGCCGGGACAUCUCCCUGGAGAAGUUUAGCCAGCACCUCGUCUCCUACCAGAACCUUGCUGAGAACCCCAGCCUCCUGGAUGACCCCAACCUUGUAGUGAAGAUCAACGAGAAGUAUUAUAACUGGGCUGUGGCUGCUCCCAUGAUCCUCUCAAUGCAAGCCUUCCAGAAGAAUCUGCCCAAGAGUGCUGUGGACAAGCUGGAGAAGGAGAAGAUGCCCCGGAAAGGCGGGCGGUGGUGGUUCUCCUGGCGACGCAGGGACCUCCCUGUGGAGGAGCACAGUGCCCAGAGGGGGAAGACCACAGCCAGGGAGGAACAAAGGGAGAAGACGGAUGUCCUGAGCAGUGAGGAUGAUGGCCCAGACAGCCCUGUGAUCCUCGAGGUCCCCUCCCUGCCCCGCUCCCCUCCAGCCUACACUCCCACCUACAAGAAGUCCCUCCGCCUCUCCUCCGACCAGAUUCGCCGGCUGAACCUGCAAGAGGGCGCCAACGACGUGGUGUUCAGCGUGACCACCCAGUACCAGGGCACCUGCCGCUGCAGGGCCACGAUCUACCUGUGGAAAUGGGACGACAAGGUGGUCAUCUCCGACAUUGACGGCACCAUCACCAAGUCGGACGCACUGGGCCACAUUCUGCCCCAGCUGGGCAAAGACUGGACACACCAGGGCAUUACCAGCCUCUACCACAAAAUCCACCUAAACGGGUACAAGUUCCUGUACUGUUCUGCACGGGCUAUCGGCAUGGCGGACCUCACCAAGGGGUACCUGCGAUGGGUGAGCGAGCGGGGCUGUGGCCUCCCCAAGGGCCCCAUCCUGCUGUCUCCCAGCAGCCUCUUCUCCGCUCUCCACAGGGAAGUGAUCGAGAAAAAGCCUGAAGUGUUCAAGAUCGCCUGCCUGAGUGACAUCCAGCAGCUCUUUCUGCCCCACAGACAGCCCUUCUUUGCCGCCUUUGGGAACCGGCCCAACGAUAUCUUUGCCUACCAGCAGGUGGGACUCCCAAAAUCACACAUCUUCACAGUCAACCCUCGCGGGGAGCUCAUCCAGGAGCUCAUGAAGAACCACAAAUCCACGUACGAGCGGCUGGGCGAGGUGGUGGAGCUGCUCUUCCCGCCCGUGGCCCGUGGCCCCAGCACAGACCUGGCCCAGCCCGAAUACAGCACCUUCUGUUACUGGCGGAAGCCCCUGCCUGCUGUGGACCUGGACGACCUGGCCUGA